AUGGCUGACAGGCAGCAGCCACAACCAUUUCCAGAGCAAAUAUUAGAGAAGAUCCGCCAGCAGCGAUGGCAAACAAUAAGAUCCGGAAUGGGGCCUCAGGGGUACUACAUGCAGCCUCAGAACGGCAUGAGGCCUCAGAGGUCCCUACCGCCGCCUCGGAAAAUCACAACGGAUGGACUGUAUGAUGAACUUCCCAUCGUAGAGCCGGAUGACUUCGGCUACAUCGGUCCGAAACCAGACUACGUUGUCGAUUUUGAAUCCGCUUGCAAGAAUGGAUAUUUCCCCACUGUUCACGCCAUCGUCUCUUCGCAAACUCGUACUCCAGCCUUCCUACAUAGUGGCCUCGUGCUUGCACUGAGCGCGGGAAAUGUCGAGAUCGCAGACUACCUUCUUACCGCUGGUGCGGCUCUUGUCCGCAACACUCCUGAAAGUAUUCUAUUGGCACCUGCUGAUCUACAAAUCGCCCUCUUUGAACUUCUUACGAAGAAAGGCUGGACCCCCAACACCCCCGGCUACUAUGGCGAAGUCUUGCUUCCGCGUGUAGUCACUAAUAUUCCCCUUCUCCGUUGGUUUCUUGACCACGGUGCCAACCCUAACCUCGGGCGCCAACGCUACUAUCAGAAUCGUUAUGGUGGGCCAGAGACCGAUUCGUGCGCAGCCCUCACGGCAGCCGCAGCGCGGGCAAACACUGAGGCUGUGCGCAUGCUUUUAGAUGCCGGUGCAAAAAUUGAGAAUGGUGCACCCCUACAUUAUGCUGCAGGCGUGUGCCCCAACGACGAAAAUCCUCUUUAUCAGAGGGUAACACCAAGUAAGGAGUUUGAUACAAGCACAAUCCCAGUCAUGGCAUUAUUAGUCGAGCAUGGGGCAGAUGUGAACAAGGCAGAGGAAACACAGCAUGUGGUGCCCCGAUAUGCGAUUGUGCAUGCGGUCAUGGCUGGUGCGGUUGAGAGGGUAAGAUGGCUAUUAGAGCAUGGUGCAAAUCCUGAGUUGAAAGGAGGCAUGGGUACGGCAGUAACCUAUGCGCAGUCUUUGGGAAGCGAGGAGAUGAAGCAGGUAAUAGAGGAGGGAAUAGCGGCUAGGAGAUGGAGAAGUGGCUCAGAGAGAGAGUCUGCACCGCCUGGUUCCUCAUGA